AUGAAUUGCAUUCAAGCUAAGCCAACUUCUAAAAACAAGAACUCUUCACAAAAUGCUAAUAUAAUAAAUUUUAUUAAUAAGAAAGCUGAAAAAACUAAAAAAUUUGACAAUAAAGGUGCUAAAAUUCCUAAUAAUAUUAUAUUGCAAUUGUUGAUACAAAGAACUCAGCAAAGAAAUUCUGAAGAUCUAGCCAUAAAAUUUUAA